GUUAUUGCACCAUUCCCCGUACCGUCCCAUAUCGCUGCUGUGCAAACGGGGAGCUCCCUCCGAGCCCCGCAGCCUGUUAUCUUUUGCACCCCCACAUGCACGGGGGCUUUUCUUGCCUCCCUUUUCCUCGGCCCAUUCCCUUCCCUGAUUCCCCAGACCAUGUCAAGCUUGAGCACGUGUCCCCCGGAGCAUGGGGAAGAACAGCCCUCUCCAGCCCCUCCUGGUACAGCCUGUACGCCCGCACACGCCUGGGCUACCUCUUCUACCAGCGGCAGGUGAAGAAGGCCCGGGAGCGGUACCCGCACGGCCACUCCGUGCCCCAGCCCUACUGCUUCCCUGGGGUGAAAAUCCUGCCUAUUCCUGUGCUCUCCAACAACUACAGCUACCUGGUCAUCGACACUGGCUCCAGCCAUGCGGCCGUCAUCGACCCCUCUGACCCACUGGCUGUACAGGCUGCCAUUGAAGAAGAGGGGGUGAUGCUGGAGGCCAUAUUCUGCACACACAAACACUGGGACCACAGCGGAGGGAACGAGGCACUCUGCCAGAAGCACAGCUCCUGCAAGGUGUAUGGCAGCGCCCUCGAUGCCAUCCCACAGCUCACCAACCCACUUGCAGACAGGGAGAAGGUGAGCGUGGGCUGCCUGACCUUCGAGGCGCUCGCCACGCCUGGCCACACUGUGGGACACAUGGUCUAUGUGCUGGACGGGGGCCCCUUUGGCAGCCCCCCCUGCCUCUUCUCCGGGGACCUCCUCUUCCUUGCUGGCUGUGGCAGGCCGUUUGAGGGCUCCCCUGAGACCAUGCUCGCCUCCCUGGACGUGGCCAUGGGCUUGGGCGAGGACACGCUGCUUUGGCCAGGCCACGAAUAUGCACUGGAGUGCCUGACCUUUGCCAGCCUCUUGGAGCAGGACAAUUCUGCACUGGAGCAGAAGCUGCAGUGGGCAGUGCAGCAACGCCAGGAGAAAAGGAGCACGUGCCCCUCCACGCUGGGGGAAGAGCAGACCUACAACCCCUUCCUGCGUACCCACCGGCCAGAGCUGCAGGAGGCACUAGGACUGUGGCAGGGCAUGGGGGAGGACCCGGACGCCUUUCGUGCUCGCGUCCUCAAAGAAGUGCGGAGGCGCAAGGACCUCUACCAAGCCACCUAGAUCCCACCCCACUCCCUGGAUCCCCCCUUUCCACCGGGCUGGGUGAUGGUUGGACACAAGGGGACCAAGACUGUAUGGUUUGUUUUGCUGUGAAUCUCCCUCCUGCGGUGCAGGGUUGGGGCAGGGGGAAGAGUGGACACCCCUUAAGUGGGCACCCCAUAUGUGAUCCCUGCCUUUGCUCCCUCAAACUUGGGGGUCACCAGCUGUCAUAUAGAAGCACCUCAAUCCCCUUUUGGGGGGUCUGUAGCCCCCCGCUUCACUGCUGGGGCUAUAGGAAUGGCACCAAGGGCUUUUUUC